AUGAUUGAGGGAAUGGUGAAGGAUGGUGUUAUUGAACCUUCAUCUAGUCCAUGGUGUUCACCUGUGGUGCUGGUAAAGAAGAAGGACGGCAGCAUGCGGUUUUGUGUUGACUACCGCCGCCUGAACGACGUUACAAAGAAGGACAGCUAUCCCUUGCCAAGAAUUGAUGACACGCUGGACAUGCUUACAGGUGUAAAGUGUUUUAGUACGCUGGAUCUGAAAAGUGGCUACUGGCAGGUUGAAAUUGACCCUAAGGACAAGGAGAAAACUGCAUUCUCCACAGGAAAGGGCCUGUGGCAAUUUAAAGUCAUGCCGUUUGGAUUGUGCAAUGCUCCAGCAACGUUUGAAAGGUUGAUGGAGCUUGUACUUACCGGGCUAAUUGGAGAUGCCUGUCUCGUCUAUUUGGAUGACAUCAUCAUCGUAGGCCGUACGUUUGAGGAACACCUUCAAAACCUGGAACGCGUGCUCAUGAAGAUCCAGAGUGCCAACCUCAAGUUGAGUCCAAAGAAGUGCUCACUAUUCAAACGGCAAGUUAGUUUUUUGGGGUAUGUAGUGUCGGAAGAAGGUAUCCGCACGGAUCCAGAGAAAAUUGCUGCUGUCAAGGAGUGGCCGGUCCCAAAAGACAAGACACAGAAGCUCAAGAACCGUCUGUGCAAAACACCUAUUUUGGGGUACCCUGAUGCGGGCAAGGAAUUCAUAGUUGACACAGACGCAAGUGAUAUAGGACUUGGCGGUGUGUUGUCUCAACGGAAUGGUGAUCAAGAGAUUGUGAUAGCGUACUUCAGCAAGUCGUUGUCAAAGCCGGAAAGGAACUAUUGUGUCACAAGACGGGAAUUGCUUGCUGUGGUAAAGUCCUUGCAGCAAUUUAGCAAAUAUCUUCUAGGGCGGAAAUUCCACUUACGAACUGACCAUGCUGCACUGAAAUGGCUAUUGCAGUUCAAAAAUCCGGAAGGACAAGUUGCGAGAUGGAUUGAACUACUGCAGGAAUACGACUUUGUGAUCGAACAUCGCAGCGGGAAAUCUCAUGGCAAUGCAGAUGCAUUGUCAAGAAGACCUUGCCCUGAAGAUUGCAAGCAUUGUACUAGGCAAGAGGGUAAGGAAGUGGUAUCUGUGAGAAUGCUCAGGACAGACCAGCUCAGCAAUGAGUGGAAGGACAGCCUACAACAUGCACAGCAGGAAGAUUCGGACAUUAAGCCGAUUCUGGAAUGGAUGAAGGCCAGUGCUCCUAAGCCCAAGUGGAGCGACGUCUCAGCAAUGAGUUCGACCACGAAAAGCUAUUGGGCCCAAUGGGACAGCUUGCUGAUUCAGGAUGGAGUCCUGUGCCGUAAAUGGGAAAAUGUUCGGGGAGACGGCUGUACCAUAGUGGUUGUUCAGGAGGCCACCUGGGAGUUAAACGAACUCUCCUGA